AUGCACGGUACUAUUGCUCUCGCCUCGCUGGUUGCCGGUGCUGCGGCCUUCCCUCACAUGGCCACUAAGAUGAUGAUGGAAAACAAACUCUCUGUUGAAGAUCUUGCCAAGCGGUCCCUUGAUCUGCAGAAGCGCGACCUCGACUUCACCGGCUUGCCAACAACUGAGUUCAACGCCCAGGCACAGCUUGUCAGCAACACUGGUGCAAAUGCCUUCCAGGCUCCUCGUAACCUCGGUCAGCCCGGUGGUGACAUUCGUGGGCCUUGCCCGGGUCUCAAUGCCGCUGCCAACCACGGCUACAUCUCUCGUGAUGGUGUCACCAACCUUGUUGAGGCCAUCCAAGGCACCAACGCUGUCUUUGGUAUGGGCUUGGACUUGGGUGGCUUCCUAUCGGCAUACUCUGUCCUCCAGGAUGGAGAUCCUAUCACACAAAAGUGGUCAAUUGGUGGAGCACCAAGCACAUCUGGUCUUGGUGCAGUCCUUGGUCUCAACCCUCAAGGUUUGACCGGCUCGCACAACAAAUACGAGACUGACAGCUCUCCUAUGCGUGGUGACUUGUACCUGUACAAAGGCGACAACUACCGCCUUCAGCUUUCGCAGUUCAAGGAGUUCUACAACUACCACGCCGGCGAGAACGACCCAUACUACACCUUCGCAGACAUUCUCAAGUUCCGCAAGGCUAGGUACACUCAGUCGCUCACGCAGAACCCAUACUUCUACUAUGGUCCAUUCAGCGGUGCUCAGGUUUCGCAGGCUGCCUUCACCUUCAUCCCAGCAUUCAUGUCGAACCACUCUGCUGAGCUCCCCAAUGGUUUCCUGACCCGUGAAGUGCUGCAGUCAUUCAUGUCGGUCGUCGGAUCUCCUGACAACAACGGUGCCAAUCUCCGAUACGUCGAGGGUAACGAGCGUAUUCCCGACAACUGGUACAAGCGUGCCAUCAGCAAUCCUUACAGCAUUCCUGCCUUUACGCUCGAUAUUCUCCGUGUUGCUCAGUACGAUCCACGCACACUGAACAUUGGUGCCAACACUGGCACUGUCAACAGCUUCACUGGUCUCGACAACGCCAACCUCCCUGGCGGUGUCUUGAACUUGGCCACCCUUUCUCAGGGAGACAACGCCGUCUGCUUCUUGUACCAGUCCGCUGCUAUCGCACGUGUAGACGCUGUCAAGGGCUUGGUCGGCACACUUUUGACUGCUGUCAACUCUAUUGUGGGCCAGUACCUGACGGCUCCAGUGGUUUGCCCUCAGCUCCAGACACUGUUCCAGUAG